AUGUCAAACACGGCGGCUACUGCUUCUAGUGCUGGUAGUGCUGCUAGCGGUGGAACUACUGCAUCAACUGGUGCGGCCACAACAUUUGUUGACCGCAUCGACCCGUUCACAAAAAUAUCUGUGUUAAAACGCAAAACAAAGCGUUCACAGGGCUCAUCAUCUUCUUCUAGAUACCGUACGUGUUCAGACGUUGAAUUACAGCCUUUACCGUUGUUAAAGGAUGUAACUGCUCAGGAACAAGAAGAGUUAAUGAUAAGAAAACUCCGACAGUGUUCAGUGCCUUUUGAUUUUAUGGAUCCCAUGGCGGAACUCAAGGGCAAGGAAAUAAAGCGUGAUACACUUAACGAAUUGGUUGAUUAUGUAUCAACGUCACGGGGUGUAUUGACAGAGAAUAUGUAUCCAGAAAUCAUUAAAAUGAUUUCUUCAAAUUUAUUCAGAACACUGCCACCCAGUGAUAAUCCAGAUUUUGACCCUGAAGAAGAUGAUCCUACAUUGGAAGCAUCAUGGCCUCAUUUAACUCUUGUUUAUGAAUUGUUUUUACGCUUUUUGGAAUCGCCAGACUUUCAACCAGCCAUUGGCAAGAAAGUCAUUGAUCAGAAAUUUGUGUUGCAGCUCCUUGAAUUAUUUGAUACGGAGGACCCACGGGAGAGAGACUUCCUCAAGACUGUGUUGCAUCGCAUUUAUGGAAAAUUCCUGGGCUUGCGUGCUUUUAUUCGCAAGCAAAUCAACAAUAUAUUUUUAAGGUUCAUUUAUGAAACAGAACAUUUUAAUGGUGUUGGUGAACUAUUAGAAAUACUAGGAAGCAUUAUCAAUGGGUUUGCACUCCCUUUGAAGAACGAACACAAGCAGUUCCUGGUUAAAGUGCUCAUACCUUUGCACAAAGUCAAAUGCUUAAGUCUGUAUCAUGCACAAUUAGCUUAUUGUGUUGUUCAAUUUAUUGAAAAGGAUAGCUCUUUAACCGAAUCUGUCAUUCGAGGCUUACUCAAGUAUUGGCCAAAAACGUGUAGCCUAAAAGAGGUUAUGUUCCUUGGUGAAAUGGAAGAAAUACUUGAUGUUGUUGAACCAUUACAAUUUCAAAAAAUUGAAACACAUCUAUUUAAACAAAUUGCUCGUUGCGUAUCCAGUGCUCAUUUUCAGGUUGCCGAACGAGCGUUAUAUUUAUGGAACAACGAAUACAUUAUGAGUCUGAUAGAAGAAAAUAACCAGACAAUCAUGCCAAUCAUGUUUCCAGCGCUAUACCGCAUCAGUAAGGAACAUUGGAAUCAAACCAUUGUAGCAUUAGUUUAUAAUGUACUGAAAACUUUCAUGGAAAUGAAUAGUCAACUUUUCGACGAAUUAACUGCUAAUUAUAAAGCAGAACGACAAAAAGAGAAGAAAAAGGAAACUGAACGUGAAGAGUUAUGGAAACGAUUGGGACAACUGGAAAUAUCUCAUGUCCGCGGUAAACCAUCUACACCAUCACUUAUAUCAGUAGAUAAUAACAACAAGACUAGUAGUAAUAAUAGUUUGGAUUCCGUACAAACAGCAGUAACAACACCAGCAGCACCAAUAGCAGCAGCACCAAUAGCAGCAUCUCCAAUUGCAGCACAACAACAGUAGUAGGAGUGGUAGUAGCAGCGAUAAUAAUUAUUUGUCAUUCAACACAUACAUGUUCCCACGUAUAUGUAUAAUCUAUCUAAUAUAUUUAUUUAUAUACACAGAUUUUUACAUACAUUGUGUGUAUUAUAGUUGUGUACAAUUAAAGAUCAAAACAUUAAGAUAUGAAGUGGUGGCAUUUUAAAAAAAUACAAUGAACGUACAGUGUUGUUAUCGGUGCACGCGUGCUGUUAUAGCGUGUUUGUAUAUUUUAUUUUCAAUAGUAUUUGUAUGGUAAUAUAUGUGAUUAUAUAUGCUCCACAUUAAAAUUAUGUUUUACAAAAAUAUCAUCCAAGAGAAAAAAAUUAUGGGGAAUGUUAAUAAUAAUGGAAUAUGACAUACUUGAAAGUUCUGUGAAUAUUUAAUUUAUGUGUAUGAGAUUUUCAUGAAGAAUAAAAUAUUGAUGAAAUUAAAUAUGUGAUGUAAAACAUGUUUACUUACAUGUUCUUAUUUUUAUUAAAUGUAUAUUAUGUGAAUUGUUAAAAAUUUGUAAAAAUGUGAUGUUAUCAAUGUUAUUCAAUUGAUUUGAUAUAUUCACAAUAACAAUCAACACAUGUGUAAACGCGUAUAACUAAUGCAAACUGUGGCGUUAUAAAAAUUUUAAUUUUCUAAUUAUUAAUGUAAAUUAAAUUAGAUUUAACCCUCUCCCCCUGUGUAAGCGUGUGUGUGUGUAAAUAAUAUUAGAUUAAUUAAAUAUUAAAAAUUGUUAUUUUUUAAUAAUUAUAUAUAUAAAUAUAUUAUAUAAUAUAUAAUGUAAACAUUCUUAACUGUUAGCAAUGGUAGUAGUAGAAGUGGUAGUAGUAGUAAUAGUAGUAGUAAUAAUAAUAAUAAUAAUAAUAAUAAUAAUAAUAAUAAUAUUAAUAAUAAUAAUCAUAAUAAUAAUAAUAGUAGUGGUAUGAUUAGUAGGAGUUUAAAAAUAUUAUUGAAUAACAAAAUACAUAAAUUAACUAAUUAUAUAUACUGAUCUGUAAAUAAUUUAAUAAUUGAACAAUCAGUAAUCAGAUGUCUCAGUAAUGGUGUUGUAUCAUUAUUAUGAUUAUGAUUACUGAUAUCCAUCGUGGCUCCACUGCCGCUACUCCUAUUUUUGUUUCCAUUGUUGUGUCUUAUGAUAAAAUUAAUUGUUUUAAAGAUAAAAUAUAUUUUAACAGUGUCGUUGUUGAUGCUUUAACCUUAACUAUUAGUUAUUACACUUAUACUACUGCUACUACUACUGCUACUACUACUACUACUAUUACUACUAUUACUACAACUAUUACUACUACUAUUAUUAUUAUUAUUUAUAAUUAUGAAUAUUAUACGUAUAUUAACUGUAUGAAUGUUUCAUUUCUCGCGCGCGUGAUAGUCUUUAUGUAGUUUGUAAAUCAAUAUUAUAACGAAAUUAUUAUUAUUUGUUGUCGUUAAUGCGUGUGCGCUCGCGAGAGUUAUAAAAUUCUGAUAUAUAUAUAUGUACAAAACUGAAAAUUUAAAUCUUUGAAUCAAAUGAAAAUCCGUAUAGAUAGUAAACAUACACUCCAUAUGUACAUAUACACACAUAUGUAUUUAUCUAUGUGUGUGUGUGUGUGUAUUAUUUAAAAUGGAAAAUAUUAUAUAUUACAUAAACACGAGGAAGAUACACACAAUUAUUAUAUAUUACUAUAUUAUU